UUUAUCAGAGCAUAUAUAUAUUUGAAAUGGGAAAACCAAAGCCUGCAUCUAAACAAAAAAAAAAGUUCUCCAUUAACAAUAAAAAGGUAGAUAAAUCUAAAACAUUUAAGAAAUCUGGAAAAGUAAACCAAAAAUUUAAAAAUAAAAAUGAUCAAAGUAAAAUUGUUGGAAAAAACAAAGAAAGUGCAAAUCUUACAGGGUCUCCAUUUACUAAAGAUAAAAGAUUAAGAAAAUCCUAUAGUAAAAAAAGGGAUAAUUCAGAAGAAGAAGAAUUUGAAAUUGCUAUUGAGGGAAAUAAUACAAUCAAAGAGAAAAAUUUAUCUCCAGAUUUUGAUGACAAAUUGGAAGUGGGUGACUUAGCAAAAGAACAGCGUAAAAAGCAAAAAAAGACAGGCGGGUUCCAAUCAAUGGGAUUUUCUUAUGCAAUUUAUAAAGGAAUAAUUCGAAAAGGAUACAAAGUGCCUACGCCAAUUCAACGAAAAACUAUUCCUGUUCUAAUGGAUGGUAAAGAUGUUGUUGCAAUGGCAAGAACAGGAUCUGGUAAAACAGCUGCAUUUCUUCUUCCUCUUUUUCAGAAGUUGCAAACACAUUCACCUAAUGGUUCAAGAGGAUUAAUUUUAUCACCUACAAGAGAGCUUGCAAUUCAAACAUUAAAGUUUGCUAAAGAGUUAGGGAAGUUUACAACUUUAAAGUUUGCUAUUAUACUUGGAGGUGAUAGUUUGGAAGAACAAUUUUCAGCUCUUCAUCAAAAUCCUGACAUCAUUAUUGCAACACCUGGUCGUUUUUUGCACUUGUUAGUGGAGAUGGAUAUUAAAAAAUUAGAGUUUAUUGAAUAUGUUGUUUUUGAUGAAGCAGAUAGGCUUUUCGAGAUGGGUUUUAGUGUGCAACUACAUGAAAUUAUUGCAAGAUUACCUGUUUCCAGACAAACAGUUUUGGUAUCUGCAACUCUUCCUAAGGUUUUAGUGGAUUUCGCAGCUGCUGGUUUGACUGAUCCAACUCUUAUUCGACUAGAUAUUUAUAAUAAAAUCAGUGACAAACUUAAGACAGCUUUUUUCCUGAUACGACCAGAUGAUAAACUAGCAUGUCUCUUGUAUAUUCUUCAAACAUCAAUUCCAUCUGAUGAACAAACAAUAAUUUUUGUUGCUACUAAACACCAUGUUGAAUAUCUUCAGCAAUUACUAACUCAUGCUGGCAUCAAUUGUUCCUAUAUUUAUUCAUCGCUUGAUCAAACAGCCCGAAAAAUCAACUUAGCAAAAUUUCAAAAGAAAAUUACUAAAGUUUUAAUUGUAACUGAUAUUGCAGCUCGUGGAAUUGAUAUCCCAAUGUUGGAUAAUGUUAUUAAUUUUGAUUUUCCUUCUAAACCAAAGUUAUUUGUUCACAGAGUUGGUCGUGUUGCAAGAGCUGGAAGAACUGGAAUGGCAUAUUCUUUUGUACAAAAAGAUGAGAUGGCAUUUUUAUUGGAUCUUCAUCUUUUUUUAACACAACCAAUCAAAUUUUCAAAUGAAAAUAGUCAAGAAGAUAAUGGCUUGAUUGGAUCUGUAUCUCAAUCUGCUAUCGUACCCCACCAAGACUUUAUUAACAACACAACUGCAGUUAAUUCAACACUGCAAUCAAUGUAUACUGUUAUGUUGAAUGGUUACAAGCAGUAUAUUAAGUCACGAGAAAAUGCUUCCGUCGCAUCAAUAAAACGCUCUAAAGAAAUCAACUAUGCUUUAAUAUCUAUUCAUCCAAUCUUCAAUAAAAAAUCAGGAUCAGAACCAAGUGAAGCUGUUGAGCUAAAUAAGCUUUUACUUGAUCUACAGAAAUUCAAACCAAAACUUACUGUUUUUGAAACAAUGAACACAAAGAAAUCAAAAGAGACAGUAAAUGUAAUGAAAGAAAAAAGACUUUAUCAUACUAAUGUCAUUGAACAUUGCAAAGCUAAAUCCAAGGUUACCCCUUUAUCUCUUGAAUCAACAGAAAUUCCGACUGAAACCUUGGCUGAUGACAAGUAUGUUGCUGAUGUCUUCUCUAUAAAUAAAAAUGUGUACAAAGAUGAAAAUUAUAUACCACAUCAAUCAAUCGAUAUAGACAGGGAAAAAGGAUUUCAAUUAACUUCUUUUGAAAAAGAAGCACAAAAUGUCUCAUUAGAGGUAUUUUCAGAUGAUCGUGUCACAAUGAAAAAUCAAAAAGCUGCUCAGAAAUGGGACAGAAAACGCAAGAGAUUCGUUUCUACAACUGGGAACAAUUCAAAGAAAAUUAAAACUGAAAGUGGAAAUUUAAUUUCAUCUUCAUAUAAGUCCAAUGCCUAUAACCAAUGGAUUAAAAAACGACACACUAACUCAAAUGAAGAUGACACUCCAGAUUUCAAGAGUCGCAAGUUUAAACAUAAAGGAAAAGUGAAUCAAAAAAUUCAGGGCAAUGCAAAAGGAUUUAACAAAAAACAAAUGAAAGGAGCCUUAAAAUCUAAAGAACAAAUAGUUAAAAGUAGAAUGUCUGCUGUUAAAAAAAGUACAGGCAGCAAAGGAAGUGGAAGAGGAGGUGGUAAAAGUGGCAGGGGAGCUGGAAGAGGUGGGAGCAAAUCAAAAUCAAAGAAGUCUCAUCAUUAACAGAUUAACAUCUAAAAACUUUAAACUAAUUUAAAUCAAUAUUGUAUUAUCAUUUUAGUUGAUAAUAAAAUUAUGCUCAUAUAGA